UUCACUUGGGGUCACGUCCGACUAUGUAUGUGUUUACCCCCCCGCACUCCUGUACCCUGUCCCUGGGUCAGAACCCUGCUGCCUCCUGGCCUGUACCCUGUCCCUGGGUCAGAACCCUGCUGCCUCCUGGCCUGUAGCCUGUCCCUGGGUCAGAACCCUGCUGCCUCCUGGCCUGUAGCCUGUCCCUGGGUCAGAACCCUGCUGCCUCCUGGCCUGUACCCUGUCCCUGGGUCAGAACCCUGCUGCCUCCUGGCCUGUACCCUGUCCCUGGGUCAGAACCCUGCUGCCUCCUGGCCUGUACCCUGUCCCUGGGUCAGAACUCUGCUGCCUCCUGGUCUGGGUCAGAACUCUGCUGCCUCCUGGCCUGUACCCUGUCCCUGGGUCAGAACUCUGCUGCCUCCUGGUCUGGGUCAGAACUCUGCUGCCUCCUGGCCUGUACCCUGUCCCUGGGUCAGAACUCUGCUGCCUCCUGGUCUGGGUCAGAACUCUGCUGCCUCCUGGUCUGGGUCAGAACUCUGCUGCCUCCUGGUCUGGGUCAGAACUCUGCUGCCUCCUGGCCUGUACCCUGUCCCUGGGUCAGAACUCUGCUGCCUCCUGGUCUGGGUCAGAACUCUGCUGCCUCCUGGUCUGGGUCAGAACUCUGCUGCCUCCUGGCCUGGUCCCUGGGUCAGAACUCUGCUGCCUCCUGGUCUGGGUCAGAACUCUGCUGCCUCCUGGCCUGUACCCUGUCCCUGGGUCAGAACUCUGCUGCCUCCUGGUCUGGGUCAGAACUCUGCUGCCUCCUGGUCUGGGUCAGAACUCUGCUGCCUCCUGGUCUGGGUCAGAACUCUGCUGCCUCCUGGCCUGUACCCUGUCCCUGGGUCAGAACUACAAAUCCCAGUUGUGUAUGCAUUCCCUCAGAUUUCUCCUGCUGUGAAUCUAGUUAAUGGUCAGGUCCAGGGCCUAUGGAAGGUACGGCCAUUAUGGUUCACUCUCUGCAUUGUGGGAAACCAACUAAACUAACCCGGUGACUGGUUGCUAUGUCCAAAGCAACAGAACUAACCCGGUGACGGGUUGCUAUGUCCAAAGCAACAGAACUAACCCGGUGACUGGUUGCUAUGUCCAAAGCAACAGAACUAACCCGGUGACUGGUUGCUAUGUCCAAAGCAACAGAACUAACCCGGUGACGGGUUGCUAUGUCCAAAGCAACAGAACUAACCCGGUGACUGGUUGCUAUGUCCAAACCAACAGAACUAACCCGGUGACUGGUUGAUAUGUCCAAACCAACAGAACUAACCCGUGACUGGUUGAUAUGUCCAAACCAACAGAACUAACCCGGUGACUGGUUGCUAUGUCCAAAGCAACAGAACUAACCCGGUGACUGGUUGCUAUGUCCAAACCAACAGAACUAACCCGGUGACUGGUUGCUAUGUCCAAACCAACAGAACUAACCCGGUGACUGGUUGCUAUGUCCAAACCAACAGAACUAACCCGGUGACUGGUUGCUAUGUCCAAAGCAACAGAACUAACCCGGUGACUGGUUGCUAUGUCCAAAGCAACAGAACUAACCCUGUGACUGGUUGCUAUGUCCAAACCAACAGAACUAACCCGGUGACUGGUUGCUAUGUCCAAACCAACAGAACUAACCUGGUCACAGGUUGCUAUGUCCAAACCAACAGAACUAACCCGGUGACAGGUUGAUAUGUCCAAACCAACAGAACUAACCCUGUGACUGGUUGCUAUGUCCAAAGCAACAGAACUAACCCGGUGACUGGUUGAUAUGUCCAAAGCAACAGAACUAACCCUGUGACUGGUUGAUAUGUCCAAACCAACAGAACUAACCCGGUGACUGGUUGCUAUGUCCAAACCAACAGAACUAACCCGGUGACAGGUUGCUAUGUCCAAACCAACAGAACUAACCCGGUGACUGGUUGCUAUGUCCAAACCAACAGAACUAACCCUGUGACUGGUUGAUAUGUCCAAACCAACAGAACUAACCCGGUGACAGGUUGCUAUGUCCAAACCAACAGAACUAACCCGGUGACUGGUUGAUAUGUCCAAACCAACAGAACUAACCCGGUGACUGGUUGCUAUGUCCAAACCAACAGAACUAACCCGGUGACAGGUUGCUAUGUCCAAACCAACAGAACUAACCCGGUGACAGGUUGCUAUGUUCAAACCAACAGAACUAGCUGGGCAUCCAUUCUCUCUGUAGUCCGUGGGUGUUGUUGGGUACAGAGUCUUCCAUGAUGGCAGACAGUCUUCUGUAGUCUGGCUACCGGUCUGGUUAGAUAACAUUCCACUCCCAUGUCGUUGUUUCCUAAUGGAAAGCUAGAUAAACAGGCUGGUACCCAGACUAUAUUUUCUACAUCUGUAUUUCUGAACCAAGUCAUAUGUGUUGCUGAGAUAUCUUUGUAUAUCUCCACACCACAACCUAUUUAAAAACCAUAAUGCCAAUUGCUACAAAUGUAUAUUUUCUAUCUUUGUGGGUUUAAAACAAAAAAUGUUUGAUGGUCCUCAACAUUGAGUGUGUUUUAUAUCUUCAGACUAGCGUCUUGUCCUACAGAAUAGUCUGUACUUUAAUGCUCCUUGUGUUUUAUAUCUUCAGACUAGCAUCUUCAAAUUGUCCCCCCCCCCCUAAAAAAUAUAACCCUCAUCACCUUUACAGGAAUUUUCUCUUCUGAAACGCCCCUUCUAAAGGACAACAGUGUAUUUUGUAUAAAUAUAUCAAGAGUAUUAAGACAUUAUUAUGUAUCUCUGUACAGAACAACUGAAUGGUUUAAAAUGAGCUUGUUUUGUCCUGGAAAUAACUAAAUGAAGGCAAACCG